AUGGAAGACAUUUCAAAUAUAAUUGAAGACCAACGUGGGUUAUUAGACAAUUUAAAACGAACAUCUAAGAGGUUUGAUAGUAAAUCUAGGGUUCUAAAGACACGAGGUUAUGUUCAAACCAUUUUGGAAGCUAUAGAAUCAGUAUGUCAGCAGUUUACAGAUACACACUACCAUCUUAUUAGUUUAAUUCGAGAAAGGUCCAUUAGGUCAGAUGAGGUACCCUAUUUUUCUGAGGAAAUUUUUGAGGAAUUCCAAGAUUUCUUUCAAAUGUUUAAAGGAAGAUUGCUAGAUAUUAAUGCUGAGACUCAGCAACCUCAUUCGCCUAUAUUUCACUCAAGCACAUUUCACGCAUCAACAUCUAGGCAAAAUACGACAAUACCAGCUGAAGCACGAUUGCCCAAAAUUGAUAUACCGAACUUUUCUGGAGACUACCUGUCUUGGAUCUCAUAUAGAGAUAUGUUCGUAUCAUUAGUACAUAGUAAUGUGUCACUAUCAAAGAUACAGAAAUAUUAUUUCCUUAAGGGUUCUUGCUCUGGUACUCCACUAGACAUUGUUAAUGAAUAUCCAGCUUCUGAGGAAAAUUACGAAUUAGCAUGGGAUGCUCUUAAUAUGCGUUAUCACAAUCAUAGGAAAAUUGUUAGCACUCUAUUAUCUAAACUGUUCUCAAUUCCGAAUUCCAAUGGUACUGCCGAAAGUAUACAGAAUAUUUUGGAUACUACACGCAAUUGUUUAGCUCUACUAAAUACUUUAGGAGUCACAAAGGAAACCUAUGAUGCAAUUAUAAUACACAUCACAGUUAAUCGCCUUGACGUUCAAACAAGAAAGGAGUGGGAACAGUCGCUUAAAGCCACAGUAGAAAUUCCUAAGAUCAGCGAACUUUUUAGUUUUUUGGAAACAUCGUUUAGGACACUUGAAUCUCUCGCUGAACCUACUCAGUCAAUUUCGCGUGUAAAGACAUACCCAAACUCUAGAAAUAAUUUUCGUAGAAAUAUCCAUAUAACAACUUCGAACGAUGAUAGCAAUUGCCCAUGCUGCAACAGACGUCAUUUCUUAUACAAAUGUUUUAAAUUUAUAUCUAUGGCAUCGAACGAAAAACGUGAACUUAUGAAAACCAAACGAAUUUGUCAUAAUUGUUUGAAUGUUGGUCACUUUAGUCGCGAAUGCCGCUCAACAGCUCGUUGCCAGACAUGCCAACAAAAACACCACACCAUAGUUCAUAAUGAAUUUACAACAUCAGCGUCUACGGACCAAAUAUCGUCUAAUAGAUCAGAGACAACAGAGAACUCUUCCAAUAUUGCAAUACACUGUAGUGCACUCGCAAAACCUCAAGUUUUAUUAGCCACAAUGCGAGUUAGUGUUAAAACAUACUAUGGAACUUUUUCCCUCAGGGCAAUGUUAGACCACUGUGCCCAAGCCACACUUAUUACUGAAAAUGCAUCACAAACUUUAAGAUUACAGUCGUUUAAAACAUUUGCUCAAAUUAGUGGAGUUUGUAAAAAUAAAUCUAUUACUACUCAUAAAUAUGUAAAUUUAGUACUGCAAUCUAGAACAGAACCUAGUUUUGAAUUGAAAUGUAGUGCUCUUGUUGUACCGUCCAUCACACAUUACCAACCUAUACCAACAAAUAAGGGAAAACUUCCAAAUAUCGAUAAUUUUCAAUUAGCUGACCCAGAAUUCUUAAAUCCUGGAGAAAUUGAUUUACUACUGGGUGGAGAUGUUUAUGGUGAGAUAAUUUUACCCGAUCAAAAGAAAUUUGAAAAUAGUAUUUUCUUACAGUACACCCACUUUGGUUGGAUUGUAUCUGGACCCACUUCUAAAUUCGUUUAUAGUGACCUCAUUAAUGUGAAUAUUUGCUCAUUAGAAGAACAAUUAAAGGCCUUCUGGCUUCAAGAAGAAUUACUAGAAAAGAGAAAGAGGACAGAAGAAGAAGAACUUUGUGAAAGAUAUUUUAAAGCAACAACAACAAGAGAUAACACGGGUCGAUACAAAGUUUCUUUGCCGUUUAAAAAUAUAAUUAAAGGUGAACCAAUGCCAAUAUUUAGUAUGACUGAUUAUAGCGCACUUUCACGAUUGAAAAAUAUAGAAGCAAAAUGUAAACAAAAUCCUAAAUUUGGGGACGCUUAUUAUAAAUUUAUGACUGAAUAUGAAAACUUAGAUCACAUGAAAGCGGUUGGUGUAUAUCCCAAUGAUUUGGAAAGAAAUUGCUACUUUUUACCACACCAUGGAGUUUGGAGGGAAAGUAGUUCCACAACGAAAUUAAGAGUGGUGUUUGACGGUAGCGCUAAAAAUUGUACAAAAUCAUCAUUAAAUGAUGAAUUGGCUGCAGGGCCAGCACUUCAAAAUGAUUUACCUACUACUGUUAUACGUUGGAGACGUUUUAAAGUUGGCUUUCGAUCAGACUUAGAAAAAAUGUUUCGCCAAAUUAAUGUUAUAAAUGACCACCAAAAGUACCAACAAAUAUUGUGGCGUAAAAAUACCAAUAGUGAUAUCAAUAUCUACAAAUUAUCGACAGUUACCUACGGUACAACUUCUGCCCCUUUUCUGUCUAUGAGAGUACUACAUCAAUUAGCAGAAGAUGAGAUUGAAAAUUAUCCAACAGCAAGUAAAGUGCUCAUCUCUGAUACUUACGUUGAUGAUAUAAUUUCAGGUGCUGAUAAUUACGAUGAAGCUAUUCUGCUACAACAACAGUUGUCCAAAAUGUUAAAAAAGGGCGGUUUUACGCUAAGAAAGUGGAUCUCUAAUGACAGACAAUUUAUUAGUAGUAUACCUUUUGAAUAUAGAGAGAUUAAGGACGUAUUUGAAAUAGAUAAAACCGACAGUGUUAAAGCUCUUGGUCUGGAAUGGAAUGUCACCACAGACUCCUUCUCUUUUAAAGUUAACUUUAAGCGUAAUGAUACAGUAACCAAAAGAAGUAUACUUUCUGAUGCUGCAAAAUUAUAUGAUCCGUUAGGGUGGCUGUCCCCAUCAACAAUUAAGGCAAAGAUAAUGUUUCAAAGGCUGUGGUUGUUAGGAGUAGACUGGAAUGACCCCCUUCCUAAACAUAUAGUAUCCGAAUGGCUAACAUAUAUGGAAAAUUUAAAAGGAUUAGAAAUUAUUAAAAUACCUAGAUGGAUCGGAUUAGUUAAAACAGCUAAACUUGAGCUACACGCAUUUAGUGAUGCGUCCACAUUAGCGUUUUCAGCCGUAGUUUAUUCUAAAGUUACUGAUGUUGAAGGUAAUUCCGUAAUAAGUCUCCUACAAGCUAAAACAAAAGUAAGUCCUCUUAAAAGACUAUCUAUUCCAAGGCUAGAAUUAUGUGGCGCUACACUUUUAGUCAAGUUAGUUAAUAAAAUCCACACAAAAUUUGAACAUAAAAUUGAUAAUAUCACUUAUUGGACUGACAAUACAACCGUUUUAUGCUGGAUAAGAGGUCAAUCUUCGAAAUGGACAGUUUACGUUGGUAAUAGAGUAGCUGAUAUUCAAAGGUUUUCAAACGCAGAGCAGUGGAAAUAUAUAGCAUCCAAUGAGAAUCCUGCCGAUUGUGCGUCCAGAGGCAUACUCCCAAGCGAUCUUGCUAAAAAUGAUAUGUGGUGGACGGGCCCUAAAUGGUUGAAAGAGAACAUACAAAACUGGCCAAUACAACCCUCGUUAAAUUAUGAAACUACUGAGGAAAUAUCUAAGUCAUAUUUAACAAUAAAUGCUUCAACUAAUACAACUGUUAAAAUUAAAUAUCCAUAUAUAUUUCAACUCUAUUCGUCUUUAGAAAAACUUGUUAGAAUAACCUCUUAUAUUUAUCGAUUUCAAUAUAACAUAAUGAUUCAAAAACGACAUAAACAAAAUCAAGCAAUAGAUAAAUGUAAGAUGACUGGUUUUCUCACCACAACUGAACAAAGAGCUUCACUUCAAAAACUUGUUGUAAUAUCUCAAAAUGUUGAUUUUUUGGACGAAAUAAGUGAAUUACAAAAAUAUGGAAAGCUAUCGGUCAAUAAUCACCUUUCACGCUUGUGUCCAUUUAUUGACUCUGAGAAUAUAUUACGUGUGGGAGGACGGUUACAAAAUUCUAAUUUGGCUUAUUCUUCAAAACAUCCAAUUUUGCUUAAAAAACAAAACCCAAUGUCAACUCUUAUAUUUACAGAUGCGCAUAUAAAAACCUUGCAUGGGUCUCUUUUACAGAUGCAAUCGUACGUAGCGAGAAAGUACUGGAUUUUAUAUGGUAGAAAUUUGGCAAAAAUGGUAAUACGAUGUUGCACAAAGUGUUUCAAAUAUAACGCUAAAGCAUCACAACAAAUGAUGGGUAACCUGCCUACUGUACGUUUAACGCCUACUCGUCCAUUUAAACAUAGCGGCGUCGAUUAUGCAGGACCCAUAAUUAUCAAACAGUCAACUGCGAGAAAUGCGGUUACAACGAAAGGGUACAUAUGUCUCUUUAUUUGUAUGGUCACAAAGGCAUUACACUUAGAAGCCGUUACGAGUCUGUCAACGGAAGCAUUCUUGGCUGCAUUCCGCAGAUUUUCAUCUCGUCGUGGAAAAUGUACAGAUCUGUACUCUGAUUGCGGUACGAAUUUCAUUGGUGCAAAUAAAGAACUGCAGAUUUUAUAUAACCGAAAUAAGUCAUCGCUACCAGAGGAAUUGCUAGAAAUACUGGCUACUGAUGGAACUCAGUGGCACUUUAUACCACCAGCUACACCAAAUUUCGGCGGUCUUUGGGAAGCCGGCGUUAAGUCGACAAAGUACCAUCUUAAACGUUUACUAGAUUGCAAGGUUGUUACUUAUGAAGAAUUAAGCACUUUUCUGGCUCAAAUAGAAAGUUGUCUAAACUCUAGACCUCUGUGUCCAUUAAACAAUGAUCCAACUGAUGCUAAUGCUUUGACACCAUCUCAUUUUCUAAUCGGAGAAGCAACAAACUGUAUACCAGAGGAAAAUUUAUUAGACUGCAACAUUAAUCGACUCACAAGAUGGAAAGCAAUUGAAAAGCUUAAACAACAUUUUUGGCACCGUUGGAGAAAUGAAUGGUUGUGUCGUUUACAAUCUAGGCCUAAGUGGUUGAAACCAAAAAGAAAUACUAAAGUGGGUGAUCUUGUACUUAUUAUUGAUGAACGCUGCCCACCUGGAACAUGGCCGUUAGCUCGCGUGAAGGAAGUGCAUCCUGGUGCAGAUGGUAUCGUACGAGUGGUUACUAUACAAUCCCAUGGAAAAAUCUUUAAGCGACCCGUUUCAAAAAUUGCAUUUUUGCCGUCAGAUGAAGAUUAUGAGAAGCUAAGAAAUAACUCUGACUGA